AGAUUUCUUGGCUGGGGGGCGAGGAGGGCGCCCCGUCGAAGGAGUAGCACCGGCGACCGCGACGAGAAGCGAUCCCCUUGCCCGGCCAGGGCUCCCCUUCCCCGGUGACAUUUCUCCCCCCCCCCCCCAAAAGCUCACAACAAAGGAAGCGGCUGGAGCGAGGCGGCGGCGGCGGGAGGAUGGUGCAGUUGAGCCGCGAGGCCGAGUAGGGGCUCCCGGUCCCGCUCCUCUCCCUCCGGCUGCCUUGGGGGCGCUUUUCCCCUCGGGAUUUAAACUUCGCCCAUUCAGCUGCGAAGGAGCAAAGCAGCGGCGGCAGCAGCAGCCCGAGUCAUGUUUCCGCAGAGCCGGCAUCCCACGCCACACCAGGCUGCAGGACAGCCUUUUAAGUUCACCAUCCCAGAAUCUCUAGACCGAAUCAAAGAGGAGUUCCAGUUCCUUCAAGCUCAGUAUCACAGCCUUAAGUUGGAAUGUGAGAAGCUGGCAAGUGAAAAGACAGAAAUGCAAAGGCACUACGUGAUGUACUAUGAAAUGUCAUAUGGGUUAAAUAUUGAAAUGCACAAACAGACAGAAAUUGCCAAGAGAUUGAAUACAAUCUGUGCACAAGUCAUCCCAUUUUUGUCUCAAGAACAUCAGCAACAAGUUGCUCAAGCAGUAGAACGUGCCAAACAAGUGACCAUGGCUGAGCUGAAUGCCAUCAUCGGGGUACGUGGCCUGCCAGGUCUACCUCCUACACAACAGCAGUUGCAGGCUCAACACCUCUCACAUGGCCAUGGACCCCCAGUGCCUCUAACCCCUCACCCAUCAGGACUUCAGCCUCCUGGGAUUCCUCCGCUUGGGAGCAGCGCUGGCCUCCUUGCCCUCUCCAGUGCUCUAGGUGGGCAGUCUCACUUGGCAAUAAAAGAUGACAAGAAACACCAUGACGCAGACCACCACAGAGACAGAGAUGCGGGCACAAGUAACUCACUCUUGGUUCCGGAUAGCCUGCGGAGCACAGAUAAACGAAGGAAUGGACCUGACUAUUCCAAUGACAUGAAAAAAAGAAAGGUGGAUGAUAAGGACUCGAGCCACUAUGACAGUGAUGGGGACAAAAGCGACGACAACUUGGUCGUGGAUGUGUCCAAUGAGGACCCUUCAUCUCCACGGGCAAGUCCUGCUCAUUCACCACGUGAGAACGGCAUAGACAAGAACCGCCUCUUGAAGAAAGAUGCCUCUAGCAGCCCAGCAUCCACUGCCUCAUCUGGAAGUUCUACUUCCAUGAAAUCCAAAGAAAUCGGUUUGCAUGAAAAGGGCAGCACACCGGUUCUGAAGUCCAGCACACCAACCCCACGAAGUGAUGUGCCAACCCCAGGAACCAGUGCCACUCCAGGCCUUCGUCCAGGCCUUGGCAAACCUCCAUCAAUGGACCCUCUGGUCAACCAAGCAGCUGCUGGCUUGAGGACACCUCUUGCUGUUCCCGGACCAUACCCUUCUCCCUUUGGAAUGGUACCACAUGGUGGCAUGAAUGGAGAGCUGACCAGCCCAGGAGCAGCCUAUGCCAGCCUACACAACAUGUCCCCGCAAAUGAGUGCUGCUGCAGCCGCAGCCGCUGUGGUUGCCUAUGGGCGAUCCCCUAUGGUUGGAUUUGAUCCUCCUCCUCAUAUGAGAGUACCCGGCAUCCCUCCAAAUCUGACUGGAAUCCCUGGAGGAAAACCAGCAUACUCAUUUCACGUUACUGCAGAUGGUCAGAUGCAGCCAGUUCCUUUCCCCCCAGAUGCUCUCAUUGGACCAGGAAUACCACGGCACGCUCGCCAGAUCAACACCUUGAAUCACGGGGAAGUGGUGUGUGCCGUCACCAUCAGCAACCCAACAAGGCACGUGUACACUGGUGGGAAGGGAUGUGUCAAAGUCUGGGAUAUCAGCCAGCCUGGCAACAAGAGUCCUGUUUCUCAGCUGGACUGUCUGAACAGAGAUAACUACAUUCGAUCAUGUAAAUUGCUCCCCGACGGAUGCACCCUGAUUGUUGGCGGGGAAGCCAGCACGUUAUCCAUUUGGGACCUGGCAGCUCCAACUCCGCGUAUAAAAGCAGAGUUGACGUCCUCGGCUCCUGCCUGCUAUGCUCUGGCAAUCAGCCCUGAUUCCAAGGUCUGCUUCUCCUGCUGUAGCGAUGGGAACAUUGCAGUCUGGGAUCUGCACAAUCAGACUCUGGUCAGGCAAUUCCAGGGCCACACAGAUGGAGCCAGCUGUAUUGACAUUUCUAAUGAUGGUACCAAGCUCUGGACGGGAGGCCUGGACAACACUGUGAGAUCCUGGGACCUAAGAGAAGGGCGGCAGCUACAGCAGCAUGACUUCACAUCCCAGAUUUUUUCCCUUGGCUACUGCCCCACUGGUGAAUGGCUGGCUGUGGGAAUGGAGAGCAGUAAUGUGGAAGUGCUGCAUGUAAAUAAGCCAGACAAAUACCAGCUUCAUCUGCAUGAGAGCUGUGUGCUGUCACUCAAGUUUGCUUAUUGCGGCAAAUGGUUUGUAAGUACUGGAAAAGACAACCUCCUAAAUGCCUGGAGAACCCCAUAUGGUGCAAGCAUAUUCCAGUCCAAAGAGUCAUCUUCUGUACUUAGUUGUGAUAUCUCCGUGGAUGAUAAAUACAUAGUUACCGGCUCUGGAGACAAGAAAGCUACUGUCUAUGAAGUUAUCUACUGAGAAAUUGUGUUGGAGACAUAACGAGUUGAACUGGGCCAAAACAUUCUUAAUGUGUAGACAUAGAAAGAUUUUACCUUUCUUAAUUAAAAAAAAGAAAAAAAGAGGAAGAACUUGAUUUCCACAAUGUCACACAAAGCUAUUCAACAUGUAUUAAACAGAAGGCAGCAUUUUGGUAUCCAGCUCCUGGAUCGAUGUGAAGCAAGAAGGCAAAAUGGAUUAAUGUAGCAUAGUUUUGAUGGAUUUUAAAAGCAGAGUCUGCUGAAGAUUGUUGAAGCCUUUGGGUUGGUUUCCCCCCCUCUUUAUGACCUCAUAAAAAUCAUGCUCAUUGCUUGAAUAUGCGGGAUUAUGUUUCAGCACUUGCAAUUCCACCUGCAUUCUUGUCUUGUGUAGAGCAGUGAUAUCUUGGAUAAACUUGUUUCCUGGUUUUGCCUCUUGGGAUAUGGGUUUUUGUAUUUUUUGUUGAAGAUCAAACAUUUGUAUAAAUUGUAAAUAUAUUUGGUUUAAUACAGUAAAGGCUUUAGUAUCAAUAAA